AUGAUUGACUCUGGCGGACUCGGUAACCAAGGCAAUUAUCACUCUUUACGCCAACGAUCAAAUCCCGUCGCCCCGCCGGCUAAAUGUGCUCGUGGGUUGGUGACGCUGAAUCCCAUCGCGUCUGGCGACCGGCAAAAUAGGCCGGACUUCAAGAAAAGUGCACGACGAACCAGCCAGCGAAUCGGAUCUAACUGUUGUGCUACAACUGUUGUACCCGUCUGUCCUGUCCGGUUGCCACGGACACGCAGAUCCAACGUAAUCGAGCCGGUGGCAAUCUCGCCAGUCCUCCUUGUCGCGGUCGCCUGGCAACCGGUAAUCACGACAAUUGAGCCCAUCUCACAAACUCAUCUGGCCAGACGAUCUGGUGCGACCGGCCGGUGGCAAGAGGCCUCGUCGGCCAGCCUGAUCCGUCGGCAUGGAGACAAGUGUCGAGCUGUCUGGCGCAUCUGCCGGCGUCAACUGCGUGUCGCUGGGACCGACUGCGUCUGCGACGACGUCGCUGUUGACGAUGACCUCGUCCGGCCCGUUGGGUCUCGAAGUGCCGCCAUUCCUCGGCCCCUACGACCUCGGCUUGGCGACUCGCCCCAGCCACUUUAA